CUUAUGUUUUGCUUUCUCCUUUCCAAAACACAAACAAAAACCCUUGUUUUUCGAAAGAGAGAGGUAACAGCUCUCCACCUCCUUGAGUUAUAAUGGCGAAGCGCGAGCUUUCCAGUACUUUGAAGAACCUAAAGUUCAUGCAAAGGGGAGCUCCAAAAGUAGAAAAAGCUAAACAAGAAGAAGAAGUUGCCGUAGAGGUUACAGAAGUUGCCAACGUCUCUUCACCCAAUAAUACCCAAAAGAAAAAAUGUGUUGUCAUAAUAGAAGGGAAUCCCCAUCCAGGUUCGGUGAAAGGAAGGAUGUCAUUUCAAAGUUUUAAUCCUGUAAUCGAUAAAUUGAAUGAAGAAGCAGCAAAUCCCGGUCAAUCACAAAUGCCCUCUCCUAGUUCUGAUGGAAAAGCACCUGAUAGAGAAAAUGGAUCCUUGCGAGCGGAAUCUGAUAGGGCAAGUGUAGCUAAACUCGAUGGUUAUUAUGAAGACGACGAUGAAUGUGUCACUGAGAUUCAGCAACCAAAUAAACCUCCAAAAGAUCUUCGUGGUGGGCGUGGCCAACGAUCUGAGAACAACAGUAGAGGUUCUCAUAAGAAGCAAAAACGUGAGAAACUGAACUGGAAUCAUCUUAGACCGCCAAAGGCUCAGAAAAGACAGGAUUGAGCUCUUAACAGGUUUGAACGAGUUCGUUCAUUGAUCCAAAAUGAUAUGUAGCAAUCCUCAAGUAAAGAAGUAGUAAUUGGACAGGAAUGCACUCAUUACAGAGUUGACUCUCUUCUCAUUCCAUACUGACAGAGAUGAUAAAUGAAAGGAUGAUAUACUCUUUCAAUCACUUUUGCAUCUGCAUCAUCCAAGCUUCAGCAGGAUAUGUUGUGUAUAAAAAAAACAGAGAAUAGAAGCCAAGUGUGGCCGUAUGGGUAAUUGGAGGCAGAUGGGCAAAAACCGACCUAAAAUACCCGUGGUCAUCAAAGCUCCACCCACAUCGGUUGCCUUGUCUUCUGCCGAAGUAAUUAGUUGUCUUUUAUGCGAAAGCUUGUUUUGUAGUCUACAAGUGUGUUUAUUUUUUAUUUUUUUUCUUUUGAUGCAUGCUUGUAGAAGUGUCAAAUUUUGGCUGAUUGUGGAAUCCGGAGCCAACUAAAUGGUGAAUUCUGAAAAGUAACAUGGAUACUUAUAUGGCAUUUAGAGUUCAAAAAA